AGAUAAACAAUACGCUUUAAGAAUCUCGGUUGUCUACAUUUAAAGGCGCCAUCUUACUUGCCGCCAUAAGGACAUCGGUACUUGUGUAGGCCAGCAGCGCACAGACCUGUAGUGGGACAGUUGGUGGAAGUCUACAUCAAAUCGCCUUUCAAAAUCUCCAAAACUUGAAAAACUGGAUUUAGAAGAGCUGGGGGCUGGAGCUACUGCUAACACGUCCUUCCUCUACACUGCCAGCCGUCUAACUAACUAGCAGUGCUUCCUGGUGGCUCGGAGUGAUGGGAGAAUCAAACACUAUGCCUAAAAAGAAGGACCACUCACCAGAACCUGAAGAACAAGAAGAAGAAGAGGAGUAUUCAGUGGAGAAGAUUUUAGACAAGCGCAUCAGACAAGGCCGUGUUGAGUACUACCUCAAGUGGAAAGGCUAUGGCGAUGAAGAUAACACCUGGGAGCCAGAAUCUCACCUGGACUGUCCAGAACUCAUCUCAGAGUUUGAGGAGCGGCGGAAGAAAGAGGAUGCCAAGAAGAAAGAAGACAAGAAGCGCAAGUCCCAGGCAGCUGAUGAUGCCUCCAAGCGAAAACCAAAGAAAGCAGUAGAGGAAGACACACGACCCAGAGGGUUUGACAGAGGCCUCGAAGCAGAAAGGAUUAUUGGAGCAACAGAUUCCAGUGGAGAGUUGAUGUUCCUCAUGAAGUGGCGCGGCACUGAUGAGGCUGACUUGGUCCCCGCCAGACAGGCCAAUGUGCGCUGCCCUCAGGUGGUCAUCAAAUUUUACGAAGAGCGCCUCACCUGGCACUCUUCCACAAAUGACGAGGAAGAAGGCAACCAUGAAGCAGACUAGGUCCCCUAUCCUCCCCUCCACACCCAGAGUAUUUGCAUAAAAACAACAUUCUUGUGGGGCUGCGAUGGUUGCUGCACCAACCACCAUAAACACCAAUUCAUAGGGAUAAAGGGCAUACAACUCUCCUUCCCCCUUUCCUUUCCUUUCCUUUCCUCUCUCUCUCUCUCUCUCUCUCUCUCUCUCUCUCUCUCUCUCUCUCUCUCUCUCUCUCUCUCUCUCUCUCUCUCUCUCUCUCUCUCUCUCUCUCUCUCUCUCUCCUGCUUUUAUUGUGACGAGUAUCUCAAGACCAGAACAUUAAGAGUGUCUUAUUUUUAGGUAACCUUCAUACCUUCCUUCCUCUUUUUUUUCUUCCUCCUUCUCCUCCUCCUCCUCUUCCUCUUCCUCUUCAUAAUUACACACUUGUAAUUAUUGUCAUGAUUGUACUUGUGAGACAAACUGUGCUAUAGUUUCUAAGUCCCUGGGGAAAAUUUUUGUAUGAACAUUAUUGGAUCAAAGUUGAGGGGGUUGGCAGCAGUUAACUGAAGGUGCAGCUACUGUUUACCAUCAGGGUGGUGUGAUGCCACCCGCACCCCAACCCUGCCCUCCCUCCUGGCCCCUCAGGCUUUCCACAGACAAGCUUGUUUUUUCUUUCUUUUUUUUUUUUUACCCAAUCUCACAUUUGUAAAGCUGUUCAUGUGGGCCCCCUAACUGUCGUGUACAAGUCUAUUUUUCAUAGGAAUACUUUCUAAGUGAAGUGCAUCAGUCAUACAGACUACUUUCUUUAUCAGUUGUCUUAUGAAUCUGUUUGUCUACAAAGAGAUUCCACAGUAGUGUUUAAUUUUAUACAUGCUUUCUUUCAUCUUACAAAAAUAAAAUAAUGAUUAUUA